GAUGUUGGUAAAUUAGCUUUUGUUGUUUAAAGAAAUUAGGAGUUUUUUCCCACUAUAUAUAAUUAUGACAUGGGGUUGUUCAAUGACAGACAGCUAGGCGAGAACCACAUACCACAGUCAAAUAUACAGGAUAUGAACAUUCCAUUCCAGCUAAACAAUGUAUAUAUAGUGUUUUGCAAAACAAAAAAAAACUCACAAAUCUAAAAUCUAUGAAUGAAGUCUGAGAACAGUACUAUUUUACACACACACGAAGGUACCCAUCAGCAAUAAUUUGUGAACCAUUUUGUGCCAGAACACUCACCAGCUGGCAUGGUGGAGAGGUGAGGAGUGAUAUGCCAAUUAGGAAUGAGGGGCUGAUUAGGUGGCCAUGAUGGAAAUGGGGCCAGGUUGGGAAUUUGGCCAGGACACCAGGGUUGACAACUCUACUCUUGCUAUAAGUGCCAUGGCAUUUUUUUUAAUGACCACAGAGAGUCGGGACACCAAUUUAACUUCAUCGGGACAGAGGGCAGCAUUUCCCCUUUGAACAAAUUGCAUGCCCAAACGGAAUUUCCUCCUACUCUGCCCCAGAAGGUAAUUAAUGCAUAUUAUUAUUUAUGCAUAUUAUGUCUGUAAGUAUAACAGAACUCAUUUGGCAGACAAAAAACCUGAGAAGACUUCCAAACAGGAAGUGAGAACUCGAUUUUCAAAACAGUGCCAAAUGAUACCCCUUAUAGUUAUGGAUAAGCAAACACUUCCUAGGUCUUCCACUAGAUGUCACCGUCUUUAGAUUUUGGUUAUAUGAUUCUACUAUAAAUACAGAAAGACAGAAACGUACAUAGGACAAUGUCCCUUACACUGGCCUGGGGCCGCCCUAUGGGACUCCCAUUCACGGCCGGAUGUGAUGCAGCCUGGAUUCAAACCAGGUACUGCAGUGACACCUCUUGACACCACCACUGCGCCACUCGGCAGCCCUAAUAAUACACGAAGAGCAAAACACAAUCAUAGAAAACAAACACAUUUUUGUCAGUAAAGAAAGUCCUCAAUCAGCCUUUUGAAUUCCCAGAGGCACCAAGUCAUCUAACUUUCGAAGGGAUCUCCAGAGUUAUGCAUCUCUGAGAUCGGGUCUGGUGUCUCGUACGUCUGUAAAUUGAAGUUAGGUACGGUAGAGGUUUAUACAGAAGGGCUUUAUUAACAAAAAAAGUGCAAUGCAUUGAUCUACGAGACUUCAGAGAGGGCCAGCCUAAUUUCUGAUAAAGAAUGCAGUGAUGUGUACUGAACCAAUCGCCCGUAAAGAUGCGUAGUGCGCUAUGACGAGCUGUGUCCAAUGGCUUCAAUACAGUGGCAGCUGCAUUCUUAUAGACAAUAUCUAGUAUGAAUGUUGACUGAUUUAUUUUCGGCUAGUUAAUGAAAGGCAUGGCUCCCAUAUUUGGGUGUCAGUAAUUUGGUAGGGGCUGCCGUACCAGAAAUAUACAUGUUAAAAACGUGUUGGAAAUACCAUAAUUACACAAUAACAAAUCUUACAGUAACACAAAUUGAUUUGUAGCAUGAUAAAAAUGCAUUCUACUCAAUCUUUGCUUUCACAAAAAAAACUGAGUUUGGAAUAAAUUUUUAGUUCAUAAAUACAUUUCAAAUGUAUUGGAAACAGGUUAUCAAUUAAUUUCAUAUGCCAUGGCACAUGUUAGAAUUGCAAACAGAAUAUGUUAAUAUUGUGUGAAAUUUCCGGAUAUGGGUGUAAAACCUACUAGAGGAAGAGGAAGUAUAGGCCUAUGUGACAAUACUUCCUCAUUUAGGUUUAGUCAUUUAUCAAAGUAUGGCGACCUUGCGUUUCACCCUCGCUAUUCUACUAACUCUCCUCCAUCAACCAGUGUCGCGUGCUGAGACCCCUGUGUUUGUGCUGAAGGGACAGGAUGUUCGUCUGGAUGUCCAGGGAAAGGAAGACCUCACAAAUAAUAAUUUUUUGAUAUGGAAGUUUAACAAAUCACAAAUUGUAUUAACAUACCUCUUUACACAGAGAGCUGGUAUAGUUACUCCUGUGUAUAAUGGAAGGGUUGAGUUUAGUGAGGGAAACUUCUCUCUGCUACUGAAGAAACUACAGGAAGGAGACAGUGGACACUAUGAUGUAGUAGUGACUGGUACUGAAGAAAGAAAUGUUGGUGCAUACUUGAUCAAAGUCCAAGAGAGAGUUGAGCCUCCAGUCCUGACAGUGGACUCUAACUCCCUCAUCAAUGGCAUCUGUAACAUGACUGUGACCUGCAGAGGUCAGAACACCUCUGUCACCUCCAACUGUAACAACAGCACCUGCUCUCAGGUGGGAGGAGAGAGUAGAGGGGCUAAGACCUCCACUGUCCCCCUGCUCUCUGUCUAUGUGGCAGGGGGUUCCAUCAUCUGUAACAACAGCAACCAAGUCAGCUGGGCCAACGAUACCAAGAAGAUCAAAACCAUUUGUGUAUCUAAGUCUGAACCAGAGCUGGACAAAGCGAACUAUGCUGUCACUGUCGGGAUGACAGGUCCUGCCAUCCACUUCAUCAUCAUCUUUGUUGAAUUUGCCCUGAUUGGUUGGUGAAGGCUAAAUAAAGACUCCAGGUAACAGUCAAGUAUGCGGUGAAGAGCAGGUCUCCAGGUCCAGCAUCAGCCACCAUCUACAGUGGGAGAUCACCACCCCAACAUGGUGGGAGACCAGCGUCCGCUUGUAGACAUCUCCAUUGUGCUAGGCUGACCCCC